UAAAACGCUGCCGGAAAACGGGACGCUUUCAUGGGAACCGCGUAACGUGAACAGACAUAGACAUGGCUGAGAAGUUUGAUAAUCUCGAGGAGCACCUCGAGAAAUUCGUCGAGAACAUACGGCAACUUGGGAUUAUUGUGAGUGAUUUUCAACCCAGUAGUCAAACAGGACUCAAUCAGAAACUGAACUUUAUGAUCACAGGACUGCAAGACAUUGAGAAAUGCCGACAGCAGCUUCAUGAUAUCAACGUACCGUUGGAAGUGUUUGAGUAUAUUGAUCAGGGACGUAACCCUCAACUAUAUACCAAGGAGUGCUUGGAGAGAGCGUUGGCUAAAAACGAGCAGGUCAAGGGAAAGAUUGACACAUUGACUAAAUUUAAAAGCCUCCUAAUUUCUGAGCUAGGGAAGGUUUUCCCUGAAGAGAUGGCUAAAUAUAAGGCCAUUCACGGAGAUGACCCUCCUUCAUGAUUAACGUUGCAAGACCUACAACACUUCAAGAUGUACAUAUGUUGAUAUUAAUAUAACAUAUUUUUACGAUUCAUAUCAUCAGUCAAAUAUGCCAAUUUUUACAGCUUUUUCAUCUUUGUAUUAACCUUUGUAUGUCACACUUCUGGUUUGUGAAUUGAGGGAUAUUUUGGGACAUCCCGAAAACGGUGAAAGCUUUUUUGUCAUGCUUUGUAUGUU